CAUUUAUUAAAACGAGAUACACAACUUUAUCUGAAAAUAAAAAAAUAACCUCAAAAAGUGAAAUAAUAACAAAUAUUAUGUAAAAUUAUAUACAUUAAUACGUCUUGGACAGGAAAAAUACUAUUUUAAUCAAUUAUAUUAUAAAACUGGGUGAUGAUUAUACUAAGGUUUCUUCUAAGACCGUGGUUAAGGAAACAAUAUAAACAACAAGUAAGACUCGUGACGACGGAUUCAAAGGUUACGGAAGAUGAGAAAGAGAAAGAACUGGAGAGGAUAGCCAAAGAUGCAUCCAUAGAUGAACCACCAACAUCUUGCUGCCAGUCCGGCUGUUCAAACUGCGUGUUCAUUGUUUGGGCAGAAGCCCUGUCAGCGAAGCUGCAGCAGAGCCCAGAAAUAGCUGAAAAGGUCUUGAGCAUGGUCGAGGACCCCUCGAUGAAAGCAUAUUUAGAAAUGGAACUGAGAUUCCGGGGUCUGAAGAAAUGAUUAUAAUUAGAAAAUUUUUGUUAUUUAGUACUAAUAUGAACCUAUAGAUAAAAUUACCUAUAGAUAGAUAAGUAGGUAAUAAUGUAACAAUAAGUAUUUUAGUAUUUAUAGAAUAUGCUAUGGUGUUGAUUCUUGACAUACAUACCUCUUCACUUCAUUUUGAAAUUGUUAAACUGAAAUAAAAGUUAUUAAAAAUACAUAAUAUUGACAUAGACAAACUACAAAAGAACCAAAAUAAAAUGGUACAUAUAUUUUAUUAUCAAAAAAUACUUGUUUUCUCUAAAGAAAAUACUUAUUUACUUUAUAAUUGACAUGUGAUAUUAAAAAAAUAUGUUAAAUCAGGUAUUAUUUGUAUGUAGUA